AUGGCGCUUCCGAACGAUGUCGACGCGUGCGAGAAAGACUUGCAGAGAGUUUCGGACUCCAAAAACUCUCAGGACUCCCAACACAGCGAUGCACCAGAGAAUUACGACACCGCAGCAGUUCGCGCCCUAGUUUGGAAACAAGAUCUUCGCAUCAUCCCCCUCACAGCAGGAAUCUACCUCCUCUGCUUCCUCGACAGAUCCAACAUCGGCAAUGCCAAAACUCUCAAUGCCAACGCCGGAGAAUCCCUCCUGCAAGAAGCCAACAUGACAAACUACCAAUACACCAUUGCGCUCAUGGUCUUCCUUGUCGCGUACGCCGUGUUCGAAGUACCCAGCAACUACUUCUUGAAGAAAUUGAAACCCAGUCGCUGGAUUGCUUUUCUCAUGUUUGGCUGGGGCGCGUGCACGAUUGGGCUGGGUGGCGCGAACAACUAUGCGACUGUUACCGCUGUGCGGUUCUUGUUGGGUAUGUUUGAAGCGGGAUUGUUUCCGGGGUUGGUGUACUAUUUGACGUUUUGGUAUCGUGCGCAAGAGAGGAGUAUGCGUGUUGCUAUCAUCCUGGCGAGCGCGACGCUCGCCGGUGCGUUUGGUGGUGCGAUUGCGUAUGGCGUUGGACACAUGAAGCAGGUCCAGGGUCUUUCUGCAUGGAGGUGGCUAUUCAUCCUCGAAGGCAUCCCUUCCUGCGUCUCAUCAGUAGCCGUGUGGCUCUUCCUACCCGAUUAUCCCGAGGAGGCUUCUUGGUUAUCGACAUCCGAUCGCGCACUAGCAGUCGCACGGCUCGAGAAAGAAGGAUCAAAAGGUGAUGCGCCGUCGUUGAACUGGGAAACCGCAAAGGCAACCCUACUUGACGGCCGACUUUGGGUGCACUACAUCAUCUACUUCGGUAUCUCAGCGCCGUUCAGCUCGCUUUCGCUCUUCACUCCGACAAUUACUGCAGGGUUGGGCUACGAGAACCUUCAGGCGCAGCUAAUGACAGUACCACCUUACGCCGUGGCAUACGUUGUUUCGAUAGUCACAGCUUGGUCAUCGGACUACUUCAACGCCCGCGCGUUGCACUCAGCUGUCCUGGCGACUAUUGGCGCAAUCGGCUUUCUGGCAUCGGCCCUUCUUCCGGCUGAGUCUUUCCAUGCGCGCUAUGGAUGUUUGAUCGUUGCGGCCAGUGGAGCUUUCUCUUGUAUUCCCCCGCUGCUUGGCUGGUUGAGCAACAACAUGCACAGCACCGCCGCUGCAGGGUUGGCCAUUGCAUUGAAUGUCUCUUGGGGAGCUCCAGGUCAAAUUGUUGGCGUAUGGAUCUACAAGGCGAACGAGAAAGAGCGAGGAUAUCCUACUGGCCAUUGGACGAACUUUGGAAUGUUGGUCAUGGUUGCUGUCGGCUGUGUUGGGUUGAGAUUUUACUACCAGUGGCGAAACAAGAGAUUGCAACGCUUGGGGCCGGGUGCGACGGGAAUGGACAGAGAGUUCAGUUAUUGA